UCAAUAAUACACCGGCCGUGCCUUUGAGCGGGUAUCUUUGAUUGAGAGUUCUGAGCCUUUGUCUGGAGGAGGAACCGGCCCCUUGCUCGGGCUCUGCCGGGCGUUAUAAGGGUUUUAUACCAGAACGAGGAACCGGCCCCUUGCUCGGCCUCUGCUGGAAGGUUUUAGGCAUUGAGAAGGUUUUACACCAACACGAGCUGUCCCUCUGUCAGCAGCAGGACACGCAGGCGGACCCAGCCCGUGCCGACACCAUGGGCUCCAAGCAGAUCGCCCAGGAGACGUUCGAUGAGGCGGUGCAGGAGAACAUCACCGAGUUCGAGAUGGAGCCCGAGGAGGCCGUGAGAGAAGCCGUGCUGCAGUUCGAGGCCCAAGGUGUGGACCUGAGCAAUAUUGUGAAGGCUGUGAGACCUCCUGCCUCUGAGAACGGGCAAAG